CCGAUUGACAUUCACAGUUGGAAAAUUAGGUGCAACAUGAAAACAAUGGUUGCACUACGUCUCGAUGUGAAAAAAAUAUAAAUAAAAGAAAAAAGCUUAUAAAUGUCUUUUUAAAAUUCAACAAAUCAAAAUUUAAUCGGAAUAAUUUAUUCUGAUUCAUUUCUAUCUCAUAAAUUGCAGUAUUUUCUAUUGAAUUUUGCAAAUAAGGCGAGACGAAACAUUACCAACAGAGUGAAUGAUCCAACGAAUCUCAUCAGAAAAAAAUUUAUAUCGAAGUAAUAAGUAUUCUAGUGAAUAGAAAAAAAUUAUCGUGUGCGUUGUAUUUUAUAAAUUUCUAAAAGUAUUUUAAAACGUAAAUAAUUCCAAGGCAAACUAAAUUUCAUAAUUUUCAAGUGCAAUCUCGAAAUAAUCGUUGUUCGCAAUACCGACAACAUAUAAUUAAACAAAUUAAACCAGAAUCGAUAGCAAGGGAAUUUUAUAAAAAUGGUGCAAAAAUUCCAAAGUCCAGUCAGAGUUUAUAAGUAUCCUUUCGAACUGGUGAUGAAGGCGUAUGAACGAAGGUUCCCAAAAUGUCCUCAAAUGCCCAUCGUGCUGGAUUGUUCUAUAAUCGAAGAAGAGAUCAAAGAUGGUGGAGCAAUAAAAAAUACGAGUCGUCGUUGUAAAUUAGCCGUUGAUGCGCCAUACCUUUUGAAGAAAGCAAUCGGAUUGGAUCAUGUAUUCUUUAUACAAAAUAAUUUUCUUGAUAUGCGAGCACGUUCGCUGAACAUUGAAGCGGUGAAUGAAACGUAUGCAUCGAAAGUUGAAAUAUUUGAACGAUGCCGUUAUUAUGCGCAUCCGGAGAAUCCAGAUUGGACGUGCUUCGAUCAAACGGCCACAUUGGAUAUAAAAAACUUUUUUGGAUUUGAACAUUCCAUCGAAAAGAUUGGCAUGAAACAGUAUACACAAACGACGUUGAAAGGUCGCGAAAUCAUUGAGUAUUUCAUUGAAGAAUUGAAAAAUGAGGGCAUCACACAUGUUGAUCGUUGGCCAGCAUCAUCUGAAAUCGAUGAAAAUGGUGACGAUGCCGAAGAGAAUGGCGGUUGUUCGCGCAAACCAUCCGUAUCAGAAUAUAGUGAAAUGCUCGACGGUGAUUACAUACUGAAACAUUUAGGAUCGAUGGAACCAAUGCAAGAGUCAAAAUUAUUACAACUUCAUGAUAAGAUAAAAGAGUCAUUAGCUGGCACACAACCGGUACCAUCGUACUCAACUCUUCUACGAUUUUUACGUGCUCGAGAUUUUAAUGUGGAUAAAUCUCUGCAAAUGCUACAAGAAUCGUUGAAAUGGCGUGAAGAAAAUAAUAUCGAUCAAAUGCUCAACGAAUACAAAGCACCACCAGUGAUUACGAAAUACUUUUUGGGCGCUUGGCAUCAAACCGAUAAACAAAAUUGUCCAAUUUACAUACUGCGAUUGGGACAUUUGGAUGUUAAAGGAUUGUUGAAAUCUAUCGGCGAGGAAGUUCUUUUAAAACAUGCACUGCAUAUUUGUGAAGAAGGUUUGCAAUUGAUUGAACAAGCAUCGAAUAAAACUGGGAAAGCCGUUACCAAUUGGAGUCUGUUAUGCGAUUUGGAAGGUUUAUCGAUGCGUCAUUUAUGGCGGCCUGGCGUAAAAGCGCUACUCAAAAUCAUCGAAACUGUGGAGAAAAAUUAUCCAGAAACAUUAGGCAGAGUGUUCAUUGUGAGAGCACCACGUGUAUUUCCCAUCGCAUGGACUAUAGUCAGUACAUUCAUACAUGAAAAUACUCGCUCAAAGUUCUUAUUUUAUGGUGGCCCAGACUGUGUCAAUAUAAACGAUGGCUUGGAACAUUACAUCGAUUCGGGGAUACUACCCGACUUUCUUGGUGGACCUUGCCCACAUAACAUUUCCACAAAAGCAAUGGAUCCGGUGCCGAUACAUUUAUACACACGUUGCUAUUUCAUACCAUGCCAAUGUACCUUGUUACACGAGGGUGGAAUUGUUCCAAAGUCUUUAUAUAAGUCACUGAGCGAUGAAGAAGGUAUCGGUUCGCCGACACAUGAUGGACAUCACAUUUAUCAAUCGGUUGACUUGAAACCGGGUCAAGUUCAUGAAGUUGUCAUCAAAAAUAACGAUCCCCAUUCAAUUCUGACUUGGGACUUUGAUGUUUUGCGCAGCAAUCUCAAGUUUACCGUUUAUCGAACGAACAAACCUUUGUUAACUGUUCCAGAUAAGCUAUGUUCAAUUUUCGAAUCAGAUGGGUUCGUGCAGGAGAAGGAUUAUUUCCGUGUCGAACCGACACUUGACUGCCAUCAGAAAGAGAGUGUUCAGGGAUCGCACGUUUUAUCGCACACCGGUAGCUAUGUAUUGCAAUGGAUUUGUCCAUCUACAUGUGAUAUACCGGCUCAGUUGAUGUUCUUCUUUGAAGUAUUAUCUUCGGAAAAUUACAAAGGGUCGAUGUCAAAUCUCCAGUCCGGCAUAUCUGCCAUGUCUUUAGCUAGUUCAUGUCAAUCCAGAUGAUCCUCAUAAUCGUUAACCAUUUGUCCAAAUCAAUUAGAACAGAAGCAAAUGGAGAAUCUCUAAACCAAUGUUUUUUUUCCCGCUUUAGUACAGUACAUACAAGCAAACACGAAAUUUUUUCCCCCAAUUUGUUAUACAUGAAUUCGUAUUCAUAGGCUACUGUGACAGACUGCGGUGGCUUUAUGUUACACUCUGUGUACACUACACAGAUAAAAUCAGAUAAUUCUGAGAUUUAGAUAUUUUUACUUAUAAAUGACCUUUAAUUGUAAUACGCAGUUUGGCUAUGACUACACAUAAUCUAUUUAAAUAUGUUAUGAUAUCUUUUUUAAAAUCGUCUUAUCUUUGUCAAUGUUCAUUUUAAUUUGUGUGAAAUAGCUAUUUUUGAACAUUUGAUUGAAUAUAUUGUAGGUAUCAAAGUGUUUAUUUUUUAAAUUGAAAUUAUAAGAAAAACUGAUGAUGACUAUCUUUUUGGAAGCAAAUUUUCGGGUUUGUGCAUUGGUCUAAAAGAAUGUAAAGUGACAAAAAUGGUUUCAGAUUUGUUGAUUUCAAUCAAAACAAAACAUUUUUUGCGAUCCUUCCCCCACAUGCGGCAAAUUAUUAUUGCAUUACGAAUCUCAUCGAUAUUCGACAUUAAAUAAAAUACACAAUACUAUUUUGGUGUGUUAAUGCAUUCUGAAUGUAUGAAUUUUUAGCAAAUAAAAUGAAAUAAAAUAUAUACAUUAUAAUUAUGAUUAUUAUAUACCGUUAAAAUAAAUGUACAAAAUGUAUCAGAAACAUACACACUCAAAUAAAAUAAGAUGAGAGAUAGACAGUAUUUACCAACUUAA